AUGAGCGAAACAAACGACAGAGGUAAUCUAAAAAUUGAUGAUAAAUUACCUUGGUUCGUAGAGAAUAGAGAAAGUUUGAGAUUCAAAUCACCACCGCUGCGUCUCAAUCCAGAGAAGAAGAGGAACCAACCGACCGACACUCCUCGAGCAACGAACCCCAAGAGGGCCCCACAAUGGACACGGGAGCGGCGGGAGUGGGUCUCGCCGCGUCGUCGUCGGCGGCGGAGGACCCGUCGUCUCAGAGGAUCGCCGCUUGACGCUGUCCAGGCGUGGAGCUUCGGCGUGUCGCACCGAUACCAGCACCUGCUCUACAAAACGACGCCGCACGUCCUCCACCGCUGGCUCGCAACCCUCGGCGUGGCCUUGGUCUACGUCCUCCGCGUCUACUUCGUCCAGGGAUUCUACAUCAUGUCAUACGGCUUGGGGAUCUACCUUCUCAACUUGCUCAUCGGCUUUCUCUCUCCUCAGGUCGACCCGGAGAUCCACGACCUUUUCGACGGCCCCAGCCUCCCGACCCGCGGAUUCGACGAGUUCCGCCCCUUCGUUCGACGCCUCCCCGAGUUUAAAUUCUGCUUUCGUGAUGAUUUGAAUCUGGGGAAGAAGAAACCAAAAAAGAAGAAGAAGAAGAAAUAAAGAAAGAAAGAAAGAAAAGAAAAAAAAUUGAGGGUAAAUCGGUCAUUUUGUCUUCAUUAAGUGACUCCCGUGCAUUGCACGUGUAAAAUUUAACGGUCCCGUGACGGAAAUUGGUCGUAGGUACGACGUUGAUACGAAAAAAUGAGUUCAGGUAUCACAUUGAUAACUUUGUAAGUUCAUGUAUCAUUCUGAAAGUCCCCUAAGUGUCCAAACACCAUUGGUGAAUUUUUCCCAAUUCUAUUAUAUUAAUGACCAAUUACAAGUUGGUCACUAGGAUUUGGUCACUAAUGUCCAGAUUUGUUGUAGUGCUGCCUCUCCUUCUUCCUCAGUACGUUAUCUUCCACACA